CAACCAUUUUCCCCCUUCUCUCUCUUUAUUCCCAAUAUUCAUUAUUUUGACCAUUGUAGACUAUGCCGAAAUAUUACUGUGAAUAUUGUGACAUUUUUUUAACCCAUGACAGCCCUUCGGUUAGAAAAGCUCAUAAUGCAGGAAAGAAUCACAUUCUAAAUGUUCGAAACUAUUAUGCUGAAAUAAGUCACGAUAAAGCACAGGGUAUCAUUGAUGAAAUUACAAAAGCAUAUGAAAAAGCGAAUGCAGUUCUGCCUCAACAAUAUGCUGGAUUUCCUGCUACACAGCCUUUCGGAGGACCAUGUAAGUGUAUUCUUGAUGAAGAACUGGGAAUGUAGGAUGAAAUAGGAACAGAAGGAAGGACGUGCAGCAAAACAAAACAACAUGCAAUAACGAACGGAUGAACGAUGUUAAACAGAAAGAGAGAGA